AUGAUUGAAGAGGACUGGAAUGCGGAGUUAGGGGACGAGGCGUUGCUCCCAUCCCUUGAGAAGGUUAGCUUGUUUGAAAGACCAAAUGACCUCUCUUCUGGAUUCAGUCCAAGUGUAGGCUCAUUCGGUACUGAUGAAUUUUUGAACAGACAAUGCCAACCAAUGAGUAGUUUUGGUAAAGGAAGGAAUUUUGCAGCCAAAGGUGUUCAAGAAAGAAACAUAGAAGAUGCUAGUACACAAAAUAGAGGGUCUAAAGGAUUCCGUGGUGGCUUUGGACGAGGUUUUCAAGGAAGAAAUGCUGUAGAAGGUUCUAGUACAAAUACAAAAAAUAAAGGGUUUAAAGGAUUUCAUGGUGACUUUGGACGACAUGAGAAUGGGCAGAGGAACAUAUCUCAGUCUGGAAUUCUUGGCUCUACAGAAAAAGGAGUGUUUACAGAUGGUGCAGGUUUGCAAGAAAGAAACGUUGUGGAAGAUUUUAGUACACGAAAUAGAGGAUCCAAAGGAAUGCGUGGUGGCUUUGGACAAGGUAAUAAUAAUGGACGAAGGGUCAUACCUCAGUCUGGAACUCUUGGCUCUAGAGAAAAAGAGGCAUUUACAGAUGGUGCAGGUCCAAAGGUGACGUAUGUGCCCCCUCCUCCACCUGAUGAUGAACAAGCCAUCUUUGCACAUUAUGAGACAGGAAUGAAUUUUGACAAGUAUGAUGAAAAUAUCGUUGAAGUGUCAGGACUGGACCCUCCAGCAGCAUUAACGAGUUUUGCAGAUGCUAACAUCUCCCAUACUUUAACUGUGAACAUUGCUAAAGCUGGAUACUCGAAACCUACUCCAGUGCAGAAGUACAGCAUUCCUAUUGUACUGGCAGGACGGGAUUUAAUGGCAUGUGCCCAGACAGGAUCAGGAAAAACUGCAGCUUUUCUUGUACCGAUUGUGGCCCAAAUGAUGAGAGAUGGUGUAACUGCCAGCAGCUUUAAAGAGCAGCAAGAACCGGAAUGUAUUAUUACUGGGCCAACUAGAGAACUAGUAAAUCAGAUCUUCCUAGAAGCAAGGAAAUUUGUUUAUGGAACUUGUAUAAGGCCUGUUGUAGUCUAUGGAGGUACACAAAUAAGCCAUUCAGUUCGUCAGGUAAUGCAAGGCUGUAAUAUACUGUGUGCCACUCCAGGAAGGCUUCUAGAUAUCAUUGGAAGAGGAAAGAUCAGUUUGCAUAAUGUGAAAUAUUUGGUGCUAGAUGAAGCAGACCGCAUGCUUGAUAUGGGUUUUAGCUCAGAGAUGAAGAAGCUGAUUCAUUUCCCAGACAUGCCACAAAAAGACAAACGCCAGACACUAAUGUUUAGUGCCACGUUCCCUGAAGAAGUUCAGAGGCUGGCUGCUGAAUUUUUGAAAACUGAUUUUUUAUUUGUUGUUGUUGGACAUGUGGGUGGAGCAUGCAGUGAUGUUCAGCAAAAUGUUCUUCAGGUUUCUCAGUAUCUCAAGAGAGAUAAACUGAUGGAAAUUCUACGCAGCAUAGGUAAUGAGCGAACCAUGGUGUUUGUGGACACAAAGAAAAAAGCAGACUUCAUUGCAUGCUUUCUUUGUCAAGAAAAUAUACCAGCCACCAGCAUCCAUGGAGAUAGAGAGCAGAGAGAGAGAGAAAUAGCUCUUCAGGAUUUUCGUUCUGGAAAAUGUCCAGUUCUUGUGGCAACUUCAGUGGCAGCAAGAGGUCUGGACAUCGAAAGCGUUCAGCAUGUAAUUAAUUUUGAUCUUCCUUCCACAAUUGAGGAGUAUGUACACAGAAUUGGACGAACUGGCCGUUGUGGAAAUACAGGAAAAGCAAUUUGCUUCUUUGAUAAUGAUUCGGAUGGCCAUCUUGCGCAGUCUCUAAUUAAAGUGCUUUCAGACGCCCAGCAGGAAGUUCCUCUUUGGUUGACAGAAGUUGCUUUUGAGUCUGAAAGAGGAAGACUCUCAGUUAAUAUCCAAAAGAAUAACAGAGGUAGAGGCAACAUGAACCCAGGAGAAAUGAAGAUGGAGUACUCUACAAGUGAAGCUGAGUCAUGGGAUUAAAACUACUUUAUCCCAAACUGGUUUAUAUUCUGUUGUACUGUAAACGAAAUGUUGCAUAGGAAGAUAGUCUUGUGAAGACCUAGUUUGGGAAAGUGCUUUAUAUAAGGGUUCACUUUGUCCUUUUUUUGUAACAUGUCAGUUAAAAAGUUUGAAUUUUGUGUUGGGAUGAC